AUGUUUGGUCAACAAUUACGUAAUAUGCCAGAUGAUAUGAAUUGGGUUCAAAGAAAAUCAAAUGAUAUUUAUGCUACUGAGGGUGACAAUCUAAUAUUUAUCUGUCCAAAAAAUCGAACAUUUUCUCAAAAUCUCUAUUGGACAGAUGAUCCACGUGUACAAUUAAAAUGUAAUAAAACAUUACCUAUUAAAGUUAUUAAACUUUUGGAUUGUUUUGGAAACAAAAAUCGCAUCACUACCAAGUUUUCAUUCAGAAAUUCCUGUUUAUUUCGUAGCUCAGUCUUGUCUGGUAAUAAUACAGAUAUUACCAAUCACAAUGUUACUACUGAAGAAAUGCAGACAAAGAAACAUUCCAGAAAAUUUGAUUUAUUCUCAAAUACAUCAAUUUCUCCUCAAUUAAAAUCAACACAAAUUCAUUAUCCUUUAAAUGAUUCAUCAAAUCUAUUCUGGAAUCAAGAAUAUAAUACAAAACAAAAAUUAAAUUGGAUUGAAUAUAAAAUUUUACUUUUACCAGCUACAUUAGCAUUUUUUACAUUAAUCAUUAUACAAAUUAUUUUAUGUGGAUUAUGGUUUUCUAAUUCAAUUAUUCAAAAAUUAAUGAAGUGCUUUAAAAAACAUAAAUAUAAACAUUAUAAUCUACAAUUACAAACAAAUGACAUUUAUAAAAAUUAUCAAAUAGAUAAAGAUUUAAAUAGAUCUCAUUCAAUUCAAUCAAAUGAUAAACCAUAUAAAUUACCGAUUCUUAAAUAUGAAACAAAAUCAAAUGUCAAUUUAUGUUGUCAAUCAAAAACUUCAUUACACAUAAAUAAAUAUAAUUUGAAUAAUAUAGAAAAACAACAAAAUUCUAUCAAUUCUAAUUGGUUAAUACAUUUUAAUCAAUUCAAUAAUGAUGUAUCAUUCUACAAAUUUAAUAAUCAACAAUCUGAACUAAAUGUAUUCAGAUCAAAUAAACCAGAGAAAUUAUUAUUUAAUUUUCAAAGGAAUUUAAUUCAUCAAACAAUUCCAGAUACAUCAACUAUUCUAUGUAAUUGUAUCAAUCAAUCAAAUAAUAUGAAACUUAGAUCAAAUCAAGAAUUAUUAAUUCCUGUAUCUAUUUAUUUAAAUAAAAAUAUAAUGAAAGAUUGAAUGAUCAUUUCACUCCUUUACAUAUUUAUCCAUUAUUGAUCUUUUAUAACAAAAUUAACCAUGUAUAUAAUACUCUAUUUACUAAAACAAAGAAGAUAAGAUUAAGAUUGAAACAUUGAUUUCAGUUUCUCUCCUAAAUAUUAAAAAAAAACAUUGGGUACUUUUGAAAACAAUUUUAUUUCUUAUUAUAUCUACUACUUAUUUCAGUAGAAUCAAAGUGAUCUAACAAAUAGAAUACAAUUCAUUAAUUCAAUGUAUUCCUGCAAGAAAAAAGGAAUAAACAAAUCAAUUUAUUGAUUACCAAUGCUUAUUUAUAUGAUAAUUUAUUAUUUGACAUGAAUGAAUAUUAUGUAAAUCAAAUCAAACAAAAUAAAUGAAACAAAUCAUAUUUCAUAUUAUUAUUAAUUUCAAUUAUAUUCUCAUCUUUUUUUUAGUUGUUUGUUUGUUCAUAUUGUUCUUCUAUUUGUAAUAAGUAGUUGCUAGAUUGCAAAAAAACAAAAAAAACUUGAACUUCUUAACAAAUGAAUUAUUUCUGAUUAAAUGUCAUUUAUAAUCUGUAUAGUAUAAAAGUUCAUGAUAAGUUUAAGCGAAAAAAUAAAAAUAAUGUUCUCUUUCAUGACAAUGUAAAUGAUGUACAGAAUGAAAGAAAGAAAAAAAAAAACCUCCAUAAGGAUAUAAAUUAAAAGCAAAUACAAUAAUUUGAUAAUCAUUCCAGUUUGAUAUUGUUUUUAUAAUUUAUGUGAAGGAAGAAAAAGUUACUAAGUAGAAUUAUUGAUUUUAUCAAAUUUCUUUUCAUUUUUCUUUAGAAAAUAUUUUAAUUACUUGGAGAAAAAUCAAUAAUUCAAUAUGAUUGAUUAUUAUUUGUUUGAUUAAAUCUAUAUUUGAACUAUAAUAUUAGUAAUAUUGUAAAACACAACAAUAGAUAGUAAGAAUUUAUGUAACAUGAGAAUUUACAAAGUACUUAUAUCAUACAUUAUACAUAGUCAUUAAUCUUCUAUUUUUCUUUUUUCCGGUGUGUUUCGCCAUCUGAAUUGUAUUCUCAUCUGAUCAUCAAAUGUUCAGCAAACAACAUGUUUUCAAUCUAUUGAAACUCUUCAUUCUGUUUGACGUUACAUACGCCUAUACAAUACUUAAACAUAAUUUUGUGAGUAAAGUCCACUAUGACAUGAUUACAUUAUUAUUGAAAUUUCGGUUGACAAAGAAUAAUAGCACCUAAAGCAAUCAAUCACUAAAUCUUAAUUCAUCUUAAGAUAAAAUUGUAAAAUACUUUAAAUAAAAAAAACCAGAAAUAAUUAUAUUAAAAUGUAGUUAAAUGAAUUAAAACGUUUGUUGAUUAUUAUGUUUUCAAUUGAUAGGUAAUUCCCAUUUAAACAUUAAAACACAAAGUUCAGCGAAAUGAUCUCUUUUCAACAUAUUUAUUAUCAAGCUAAACAAUCGUAUAUGUAUGAAAAUCUUUUUUCUUAAAGUACUAGCUCCGCGAGGAAAUGUGAACAAGGAAUAGCCAAGAUGACGUAAUAGAGUGAUUAUAAUACUAGAUUACGUAAUAAUGACAAUACACUUAAUAAGUUAGUAACGAAUUAUAACGUGAAUGUAGUAAGACAACCAAAAUGUUUUUUAUUCAGUAGGUGAAAUCAUGAGUUAAUUGAAGCUAGACCAUUAAAAACAUGAAAGCACUGGACGGCUGUUUCGUUCUAGCUUCAACUGACUCGUGAAUUCAACUAUCAAAUUACUAUAAUAUCCACAAAAGCCCUCUCUGAUUAAAAUGUUUUGUUACAAUAAUUAAAGGUCAUUAAAGAUCAUAGAGAUGUAAAAAAUAAGUAAAGUGAUAUCAUGAGCAAUUAUGAAUAAAAUAAUGAGAAUAUGAGACAUAAAUAAAGGGAGAAAUGCAGUAAUCAUAAUAGUUAGGGCCAAGGUAACGAUAACGAUAGGACAUACUUCUUUUAAACGCAUAGUUCUUGCUUGAGCUCAUCGAUGGUAAGAGCUUCGGCUAUAUUUAGGAGUUGGAUACAAAGAAAUCAAAGUAGACUUGGAUUAAUCGGAUAUAAAACCUUGAAAUCAAACUGUUGAUUUUUCAAGUAUGGAACUCCCAACCGCUUUGCUUAUUACGUGUAUUGUUGUUAUUCGUAUUGCGUAAUCUAGUAUUAUAAUCACUCUAUUACAUCAUCUUGGUUAUUCCUUGUUCACAUUUCCUC